CCUUGAUAGACACACAACCUCCCUAGUUUUCCUUAUCGCUAGAUCUAUGAAUCACUAUGGAAACAAAGAUCUGGGAACAAGUUGUUGCAGAGAAGCGACGACAGCGAGCCCGUGUCAUCUCUGCUUUUGUCACCAAGAACCUAUCAGACAACGAGGAUCGCCAGGACGCAUACAAGGCCAUUACCGAAGUUGAUGAUAUCAGUGCCUUGGCCGAUAAGAUUUCUAGUGGAGAGUUCACGAGUGAACAUGUAACCCUGGCUUAUAUCACACGAGCCAUUGAGGCGCAUAAGAAGACAAACUGCCUGACCGAAAUCCUCUUCGAUGAUGUUUUGGAACAGGCCCAAGAGCUCGAUGCGUAUUAUGCCAAAGAAAAGAAAACAAAAGGACCUUUGCACGGAGUUCCAAUAAGCCUGAAGGAUCAGUUCAAUGUCAAAUGCUAUGACACCACUCUUGGCUACACAAGCAAGGCCUUCAAGCCAGCCAAAGAUGAUGCCGUCCUAGUGAAGAUCCUGAAGAAGCUAGGCGCAGUCAUCAUUUGCAAAACGAAUCUCCCACAGAGCAUCAUGUGGGCUGAAACCGAUAAUCCUCUUUGGGGAUUGACCGAAAAUCCUAUCAUUCCCAGAUACACGCCUGGAGGAUCCUCGGGUGGGGAGUCGGCGCUGAUUUACUCUCAUGGAAGUCUCGGAGGUUUUGGGUCAGAUUUGGGUGGUAGCAUUCGCAUGCCAGCUUCUAUGAUGGGCCUAUAUGGUUUCAAGCCGAGCAGCUCGAGAUUACCAUAUGGAGGCGUACCAGUCUCAACCGAUGGACAAGAGCACGUCCCAUCAUCUAUCGGUCCCUUAGCACGCUCCCUCUCGACCAUUUAUCAUCUCACAAAGGAGAUCACACUGCAGGAACCCUGGAAACAAGACUGUCGUUGCGUUCCCAUCCCAUGGCGCCAGUCUGAAUAUGACAUGACCGUGAACAGCAAGCUGACAAUCGGUGUCUUGUACGACGACGGCGUUGUGAAGCCUCAUCCUAGUAUCGUAAGGGUUAUUGCGCAAGCUGCAGCUGCCCUUGCAGCUGAUGGUCAUGAGCUUGUAAUGUGGAAGCCUGACUUGCACGCUGAGUGCAUAGAGGUUAUGGACGCCUACUUCACAGUCGAUGGAGGGGAAGACAUUCGUCGCGAUGUUGAGGCAGGAGGCGAACCUUUUAUCCCCAGCGUGGAGAGACUUGUGAACAGGGGAAAGCCUAUAUCAGUGUUUGAUUAUUGGCAACUCAACAAACGGAAGCGAGAGCUCCAGCAAGCCUAUCUCGAGAAGUGGAACAACACCCUCUCUAAAAAGGGGAAGACUGUGGACGCCAUUAUAAUGCCGGCUCUACCACAUGUAGCCGUACCUCAUAACACUGUCAAAUGGGUAGGAUAUACCAAGGUCUGGAAUCUUUUGGAUUACACGGCUUUGGUUAUCCCUGGAGGAAAGGUUGAAGCUAAAGAUCUUGAUGCGUUAUGGGACCAUGAGCCGAGGAACGAGCUGGAUGAGUGGAAUACCCGCCUUUGGGAGGAUAACAUGCAAGAAAUGGCCAAGCAUCACCUUCCUGUAGAUAUCCAGAUCGUGGGCCGGGUUUUAGAGGAGGAAAAGGUUCUGGCCGUUGGCAAGGUACUUGACGAUCUGCUGCGUACUCGUCUACUUGAGGGAUGAGCUCUGUAAGAUACUUCAGAAUCCAAUUUUUCCAACUAGAAAUAACAAAAGUGCGAGAUUUAUUCCUGG